CUCCAACUCCACCUCCAUCAUCACCCAACAACCCCCCAACAACACCACAAUACCCCCGAAAUGUUGGAAGCCUUCGAGAUCCUCACGACGUCAGGCGUCGUCCUGUGGUCGAGAUCCUACGCUCCGGUCGGUGCGCAUAUCGUCAACAGCCUUAUCAAUGAUGUUUUUAUCGAGGAAAAGGUCCAGCUUCAGGCAGCCAACAACGCAGCCCCGACGUUCAAGAAGGAGAAAUACACCCUGAAGUGGAAGCGCGUGAAGGAGUUUGAUUUGAUCUUCGUGGCCGUCUACCAGUCACUCCUACAACUCGGGUGGAUCGAUAAACUUCUGGAUAACAUCUCCACCCUUUACAUCGACCUGUACAAGGACCAGCUGAAGAGCACCCGCGCAAGGAUCGUACAAUACCCCUUCGACAAAUACUUUGACCAGCAAGUUCGAGAGCUCGAGGAUAAUUCCGGAUCCAUCUCCUCGGAGGCGUUCGUAGCUCAUGCAGUUGAUAAGAAAGAUCCGCUUGUCUCAUCUGACAACGGGGGCCCGCCGCCACCGCCAGUGCCUGGCCUUCUCAAAGCGCAGCAUUCAGCUGCGCCAGGCGUGGCUACCUCUGAUGAGGGUACGCCACCACAAACACCGGAUACUUCGCGGUCAUCGACGCCUGUUCCAGGCCAUAUAUUAGCUGCCAAGGGAGGACCGGCUGGCCGCGUUUCACGCCGUGCACGCAAGGCUGCCAACGCCAGCGCCAAUGUGUCCUCCGGUGACGAGAACGUUCGCAAAGGAAAGACGCCCAAGAGCACAAAGAAGAUGCGCAAGUGGGAUGCAGAUGGAUUUGCCGACGAGGAUGACGGUCGGGUCCUCGACUACUCCGCGCCUGCUGAUGGUGAAGAAGCACCGGCUCCGGUGGUGGAGGCCGUCUCGCAGGAUUCUUGGGGACACCGAACCGGUAAAGGCCAGUUCGUUCUGAAGGACUUAGGGGACGAAGUGCAUUCGAUCCUGGAUAAUGCCAACAGCGACAAAGGGAAGGACACUCCAUCCAAGGGUUUCGUUGGUUCGGGAUUCAAUGCAAUUGGAGGUCUUCUACGCAAUAUCGUGGGCGGGAAGGUUCUGACGGAAGCUGAUCUGGAGAAGCCCCUGAAGGCCAUGGAAGACCAUCUGAUGAAGAAGAAUGUUGCGCGCGAGGCAGCAGUUCGAUUGUGCGAUGGCGUCCAGCGAGAGCUUGUAGGUAAGAAGACGGCCAACUUCCAAAGCGUGGAUGCUGCUCUGCAUUCGGCCAUGGAGUCAUCUUUGCACAAGAUCUUGACCCCUACAUCCUCUCUUGACUUGCUUCGGGAGAUUGACGGGGUCACCGCCCCUACAAGCAAACAGCAAGCUCCUCGCCCCUACGUUAUCUCGAUCGUUGGGGUCAAUGGCGUUGGAAAGUCGACAAAUCUGGGAAAGAUCUGCUAUUUCCUUCUGCAGAACAAUUAUCGUGUUCUUAUCGCGGCCUGCGAUACUUUCCGAUCUGGAGCUGUGGAGCAGCUACGUGUUCAUGCACGGAACCUCAAGGAGCUCAGCUCCCGUGAGACUGCUGGCGAAGUCGAGCUGUAUGAGAAGGGCUACGGAAAGGAUGCAGCCAACGUGGCCAAGGAUGCCGUUGAAUAUGGCGCCGCCCACAAAUUCGACGUUGUCCUGAUCGAUACCGCUGGUCGCCGCCACAACGACCAGCGCCUGAUGUCUUCGCUGGAGAAGUUCGCUAAGUUCGCUAACCCGGACAAGAUCUUUAUGGUGGGCGAAGCCUUGGUCGGCACCGACAGUGUGAUGCAGGCACGUAAUUUCAACCAAGCUUUUGGCACUGGACGCAACCUUGAUGGGUUCAUCAUCAGCAAGUGCGAUACCGUUGGCGACAUGGUGGGUACCCUGGUCAGCAUGGUGCAUGCUACAGGCAUUCCCAUUGUCUUUUUGGGCGUUGGUCAGCAUUACGGGGAUCUGAGAGGCCUCAGUGUCCCUUGGGCGGUCAGCCUGCUGAUGAAGUGAUCGAGAUACAAAUACCUGCGGAGUAAUUUGCUUCCAUAGAAGGAAGGAUCUCUCUCGUUGUACAGGCAGACAGAACGGAAGACGUGUCCGAGGUAGUCAUUUACGGGUUUACGAGUCAUAUAUUAAUGCGAGCCAGUUCGUUUAAGC